AGAAUUUUUAGGGCUGAAAACGCAAAACAAAAAAGCACUUAAUUCAUUUUCAUCGGUUAUUCUCAGAAUCGAAGUGAGAGAACACACAAAACUCAACAAUGGCGUCUUUGCUACAAGCGAUUGUAGAUCCAAAGAAAAACUGGUUCGCUGCUCAGCACAUGAAAGCUGUUUCCAAACGUCUUCGCAAAUACGGGUUACGAUAUGAUGAUCUGUAUGAUCCGUAUUACGAUUUGGAUAUUAAGGAGGCUUUGAAUCGGCUUCCAAAGGAGGUUGUUGAUGCUCGCCAUGCUCGUCUUAAGCGUGCUAUUGAUCUUUCCAUGAAGCAUGAGUAUCUUCCUGAGGAUCUUCAGGCAAUGCAAACACCAUUCAGGAGCUACCUUCAGGAUAUGCUGACCUUUGUGAAGAGGGAACGAGCAGAGCGUGAAGCAUUGGGAGGUUUGCCCCUGUAUCAACGAACCCUUCCAUAAGUGCAUUGAGUAGUAUCGCUUGAAGCUAUUUUGAUUGGAAUUGGAUGUUAAAAUGUACUACUGUUGUCGUAGAAUGUUUUGGUUGAUGAUGAAAUCUUGGACAGCUUUGAUGAAUCUUUAUAUGGACCACAUUUUUUUGGUGCUGUAAACUUUCCCUCUCGGGCAUUUUCUAAUAAAUGGCAACAACAAACUCGUUUGCCUUUAUAAUUUAUGGCUUACCCAUUGUCUUUAUUGGAAUCAUUUCUUGUUUGGUAGAUAUAGCUGUUGUAUAUUUUAUAUGAACAGACCUCGCA